AGAAUGAGGUCCUUUUAUAUAGCGUGCUCCUUAUCAACCUUUAUGGGAACAUUACUCUGUUCUUUUUCUGAUUAUUGUGGAAAGAAACUAGAAAGAGACACAGAAUACGAUAAUGCUGUCAUGGCCUAUUCCUCUUAUAUCAGAGAAGAAAUUUUGGAGGUAAAUCUGGCAUCAUGUGCACGAAAAUGUUUUACGUAUCGUUGUGGGUGUUUAGCAAUUUUAUAUAACAGAAGGAUGCAAUCCUGUAAGUUAUUGAGUGCCAGGUUAAAUCCUCAGUCUAUUGGACCUGGUCCCCCUGUGGAAGGCUGGGUAUAUUACACCACUCCGAAAGGUUGUGAGCCGGGCUGGGUGAAAUAUAGGACGCACUGCUAUCUCAUUGGCCAAACAGAGGUCACGUGGAUUGAGGCAAAGUUUGAGUGUGAGGCAAGAUGUUCCCAUCUUGUAGAAAUAGAAACUAAAGAAGAAUCUCAUUGGCUGGCUGAAACAUUCGUUUUAAAAGACACAUGUCCAAGUAAUCUUUAUGACUGCGUCGCUUGGACUGGUGGUAACGACAGAAGAAUUGAAGGUAAAUAUCACUGGAACGAUAGAAACCUGUCCAUGACCUUCACAAACUGGUAUCCAGGCCAACCCAGCAUUGGCUAUCCUAAUCAGGCAGAGGAAAAAGAUUGUAUCGACCUAUUUAGAAAUGGAAGAUGGAAUGAUAGGCCCUGUUCACACAAGAGUCAAUAUAUUUGUGAAAAGUCUUCUGGCCAGAACGUUUAGAACUUGUCUUUGGCAAUCUAUUUUACAAUUUAUUGUAUUCACAUUAAUUUAGGGAACAUAUAUGAAAAGGAGAGAACAUCUCUUGAAGGAACCUGAAAAGUUUACUUUUAUAUUUAUUGGAGUUUUGUGUUUUUAUUAAAUUGUGAGAGUUGUGUCUUUUAUAUUUGUGAACGUGUUACCAUUAUGUGGAACAAAUUAAUAUUGAUAGAAACAUUUUAGAAGGGGAAAAGACACCCAAUAAAUUCUUUCUUUCACAUAUUGUAAGUUGUACAUUUGAGUUUGUUUGCUUUUUAUUUGCCCUAAGUCUUUUCAUAUGCAUAUUUUCUUACAAAGAAGGAACAAAGAAUUACAGUUUGAGACUGUGUAUUAUAUAGGGCUAAAUAUGUAUUUUAUUUUUUAUGCAGAUUAAUUGAGAUUCUUGGACAUGUUAAAUUUGUCCUCACUUUUAUUUCCAUAUGUUUAUUUUCAUAAAGAAAACUCACUUGAAAUU